AUGAAGGAGUCCGAGCAACCCAAGGAGAACCCCCUGACCUGGGAUCUGGACCAGCCCUGGACCUCCUUCCUCCAACCUGCUGCACGCCUGUGCCUCGACACCUUGGAUUUCUCAGACCUCUGGGAUGAGGAAGACAGCACAGAGGACGAGGGAACCACUUCCACGAAUGAGUCAUCAACAUUCCUCCAAGCCCCUCCGCUCCACUGGAGGGAAAUGCAGACUUUGGCCCCCCUUCCGAGGAUGACCCGCUUCGGGACUCAGACCAUUUGGGCCGGACUUGAACCGGUGGAUCUGGACACAAACCGGCUGGAGUUCCUGUUUGAGUCGAAGGGCAGCAGCACCUGCUUCAAGAUGGCCUCUGGGCGGCAGAAGCAGCCGUCAGUGUCGGUGCUGGGGAUGAAGCGAAGCAACAUCAUAACCAUCGCACUGAGCAGCCUCCCGCCCCCCCGCCUCCUCCCCCCUGCCAUCUACAGCAUGGACAGCAGCGUGCUGGACAGAGAGGACGUCCAGCGGCUUCAAGCGUUGAUCCCAACGGAGGAGGAGCUUACUCUGGUCAGGGACGCCAAGGCCCAGAACCCCCACUGUCCUCUGGCCCAGGCCGAGCUCUGCCUCCUCACUUUGGGGGAGAUCUCUCACCUGAGCUCCAGGCUUCAGCUGUGGGCCUUCGCUCUGGACUACGACUCCUUAGAGAGGGAGAUUGCUGAGCCUCUCUUCCAUCUGAAGCUGGCGAUGGAGCAGCUGGCAGGAAGCCAGACCUUCAGGUGUAUUCUGGCUACGGUGUUAGCGAUCGGAAACGUUCUGAACGGAUGUAAGGCUCGUGGGUUUGAGCUGAGUUACCUGAGCAAGUUGUCCCAGGUGAGGGACACACACUCCCGCCAGCCGCUGCUGCACCAUGUGUGUGUGCUGCUGCUGCAGCUCUACCCACAAUCCUCCGAUCUCUACUCCGACACCAGCGCUGUCACCAAAGCUGGGAAGUGCGAUUUCUCCCUGGUCCAGUCCAACCUCUCUCAGCUGGAGGCCAUGUGCAAAGCAUCAUGGGAGCAGCUGAAGGUGCUGGACAAGGCAGAGGAAAAGAGUUCCCUCCGUCAACAGCUGCCGAAGAUGUUGAAAGAGUGCGAGGAGAAGCUGAAGGUCCUGAGAGCUGUGCACCGCCGGGUCAUCAACAGGUUCCACUCUUUCCUCUUGUUCCUGGGCUACUCCCGAGCGAUGGUGAGAGACACCAAAGCCGAGGACUUCUGUAAGACCAUCAGUAACUUCUCCCUGGAGUUCCGGUCCACACGGCAGGGCCUCCUGCUGCAGAGGGAGAGGGAGCGGGAGCGGGAGCGGCCGAGGAGCGGCGCCGAAAACCAAAGCCCCAGAACUCCUGGAGGUCGGCGCAGAGGUCAACCAGAGCCCACACAGGUUCCUCAUUCUAAAACGAUCUCCAUCCACGAGUGCUUUAGUGUGCUCUCCUCCUGGUUCUUUCUCCUGGAAGUCCAAGUGCUGAUGGAGCUGACGUCACUGAGUCACUGGAACUGGCAGGCGCGUCUGCCAAUCAGCGAGGCGUAUAUCCGCAAAGGCGGCGUGUCGAGCGUCCAAUCAGAGGCCGGGAUGCGUCAGGGGGCGGGACUGUUGUGA